GAAUAAUAUAAAACAAUAAAUAAAUAACCCUAACAUUGAGAUCUUGGAAGUUUGGAAGAAACCCACUCUCCUCGCGUUUGUGAGCUUUCUUGUACACUUGCUCUGAUUUGGAACCCAACUUUCUAUGGUGAACCCUAGUUUCAGCUACAGACCCAUAUCAGUUUUCAGGUAAUUGGAUGCCUGCUAUUGUUCUUGGCCUAUAUUUUGGAGUUUUGUAACCCAAUUUUGUGCUUCCCAAAACUUCAUAAGCUGCAAAGUGAGGGUCUUUGUAUGUGGAUAUGAUGUAUUCUCAAGAUCUGCUUCAUGGGUUCAUAGGAAGCUGAUAGUUCUGUUCGAGAUAUCUUGUCAAAGAUCUGAUAUUUUUGUAGAAAUGAAUCUAUGAGAUGAGCUGAAUUUCAGAACUAUACUUUGUGAUUCAAGUAGUAGCUUGAUUUGCUUGUGGAAGGUUUGCACAAAGAUUGUGAAUUUCUCUAGUUGGUCGAGAAAGAAAUUUGAGAGCUAUAUUUGGUGGUUCUAAGGUAAGCAAGAUAAGUAUUUUGAGUUUCGUAGUUUAGCAUUUUUGGGGUUGUUUGAGUUAGUUGUAAAAGGAGAAAUUAAGAUGGGAGAGAAAUUUUGGGUGAAUGAAGAAGACAGGGUCAUGGUGGAGUCAGUACUAGGUACUGAAGCAUGCCAGUUCUUGACCUCUCUGGUUUCUGAAAAUGUGUUGACAGACUUGGUUAGGCCGCCUGGUAAAUUGGGUGUGCAGCAGGGGCUGUCCCAGCUCGUCAAAGGAUCCAAUUGGAAUUAUGCCAUUUUCUGGCAGGUUGUCGGCUCGAAAUCUGGUGGAUCUGCCUUGAUUUGGGGUGAUGGACAUUGCAGAGACACAAAGGAUGGCGGAGUUGCAGGAGAGAAUUCUAGUUUGGAUGGCAGUUUUGAGGGAGUGCAGAAGAAAGAGGAGGUGAAAAAGUGGGUGCUUGAGAAGCUCCAUACAUGUUUUGGUGGUUUGGAUGAGGGUUAUGCUAGGAGGUUGGAUGGGGUGUCAGAUGUGGAAAUGUUUUACCUCACUUCAAUGUAUUAUGCAUUUCAACUUGAUUCACACAGUGGUCCUGGGGAGUCGUACAAGUCCGGUAAAUCAAUUUGGGUUUCAGAUGUGGGUGGUUGUUUACACCAUUACCAGUCAAGAUCAUAUUUAGCAAGAUUGGCCGGGUUCCAAACAGUGGUGUUUGUACCUAUGAAAUCAGGAGUUGUUGAGCUUGGUUCAGUCAAAGCAAAUCCAGAAGAACAGAAUCUAGUAAAUAUGGUCAGAAAUUUAUUUGGUGAAUCUAGUACUGUUCAGGCAAAGGCAUUUCCAAUGAUUUUUGGACGCGAGCUCAGUCUUGGUGGUCCAAAAUCACAAUCAAUCAAUAUUGCCUUUUCCCCAAAGAUAGAGGAAGAUUCUACAUUUCCUCCAGAGUCAUUUGAAUUACAAUCAGUAGGUACUUCAAAUGGAUGUCAAAGUGAGGAUAGUGAAGUAAAACUUUUUCCGCAAUUGAACCAAAUGAUGGUUGGGGGUUUCAGUGCUCCUACAAUAGUUUCAAGUUUGGAGCUGCCUAAGGAUGAGUCCUCAGCACAAAUUGAUGAGCGGAAACCCAGAAAGAGAGGGAGAAAGCCUGCCAAUGGGAGAGAAGAACCAUUGAAUCAUGUGGAAGCAGAGCGGCAGAGGCGCGAGAAGCUUAACCAGAGGUUCUAUGCACUAAGAGCUGUUGUUCCUAACAUUUCGAAGAUGGACAAAGCCUCUCUUCUUGGUGAUGCCAUUACUUAUAUCACUGAUCUCCAGAUGAAGAUCAGGGUCAUGGAAACUGAAAACCAGAUGGGAAACAAUAAUCAAAAGCAGUUUCCGGUUCCAGAGAUUGAUUUUCAGGAACGACAUGAGGAUGCAGUUGUGAGGAUGAACUGCCCAUUGGAUUCUCACCCAGUUUCUGAAGUCAUCAAAACUCUUAGGGAACACAAAAUUGUGGCUCAAGAGUCUAAUGUUUCAAUAACAGACAACGAUAAGGUUAUUCAUACAUUCUCCAUUCCAACUCAAGGUGGUGAUGCCGAGCAGUUAAAGGAGAAGCUGGUGGCCUCUCUUUCAAAAUGAUCCCACUGUAAAGUUGUGUUUAUAACAUGUAUCUGUAUGCAUCAACCUGAUAUAAAAUGUGGGUUUUCUUGUUGUCGACUAACUGAUGAGUUUUCUCAUCUGACAUUGAUGAUUUGUAAUCCAACUUCAGAUUGUUGAAUGAAAUUGUUUAGUUCAUAUAUGCAAAA